AUGUCUAAUGUAUAUUAUAAAAUUCUAAUUUUUGUUGCAUUCCUUCUAUUCCUACAGAAUAUAUUAAACAUUCAGUUUAGCUUGUGGUUGGGGUUGGCUUUUUUUUUUUUUCCCCCCUUCUUUUUUUUUUUAAAGUUUAAAUAUUUCUUAAAAGGGACAUUUUUCACCAUAUCAGAAAGCAGAAUUAUAAUAGCGUGCUGGCAUCUGGACAGUUCUGAGACAACAAUAUGUUAUUUAUUUUUUAAUGUAGAUUGUAUCGGUUAUUUAUUAUUGCAUAACAAGACACUCCAAAACGUAGUGGUCUUCAACAACAGUGACAUGACUGGACAGUUCUUUGCUGGUCUGGGCCUCUAUAUGGUCUUUCACCCCUUGGCUGCUUCACUUUAG